GGGAUAAAAUUCCCUUUAGUGUGGGUGUCCAACAGGUUUAAGUAAUGGCGCAUUGUCCAAGCAUCGUCUCCCUUCUGCGCCCUCCUCCUCCUCUUGGGCCUGGUCGAGUUUUUUUAGGUCAUCUCGGUUCGUGGAGGAGGAUACCCAUUUCCAGGGCGAGGAGAAUGACGAUUCAUGGCGCUUCUCGCCUUGUCGCUACCAGAGCUGCCGCCGCCACCACCGCCGCCACCAAUGCUCCUCCGCUUGGCUACCAGUUGCCAGCACCAGAAAUCCGGAGGAUUGUGGACGCUCCUCCCAAUCCAGCGCUCUCCUUCUCACCCAAGCGCGACAAGAUCCUGUUCAUGAAGCGCACGUCGUUGCCACCGCUGUCGGAGCUUGCUCGUCCGGAGCUCAAGCUCGCGGGCCUCCGCAUUGAUCCGGAAUGCAACUGUCGCAGCCGCAUGUCGUCCUACGUCGGCCUCGGCAUGUCGUCCUUGUCCCACGACGGGCUUGUGGGAGUGGAGCGUCUCGUUACCGGGUUGCCAGCCGGUGCCAGGAUCAACUUUGUGAGCUGGUCGCCUGAUGGUAGUCACCUUGCAUUCGUUCUUUGGGGGAUAGACAAGGAGGACGGGACAAGGAGCGAGCUGGGACUUUGGAUCGUGGACGUGCAAACUCUAGAAGCCAGAGAGCUGAUUGGACCUCCAAACUACUGCCUUAACACCGUAUUCGAUUCAUACUCGUGGCUGGAUCCCUCGACACUGGUAGCGUGCGUUGUUCCGAGCGCUCGGGGUCCUCCACCCAAGAAACCACUCACCCCGCUAAGUCCCAAGGUUCUCAUGAACGAGGAAAAGCGGGUCGUGCAGAACCGGACGUACCAGGACCUCUUGAAGAGCAAGCAUGACGAAGACGUCUUCGAUUACUAUGCUACCAGCGAGCUCCUCCUCGUGUCCACGUCCGGAGAUGUUGAUCCGCUGGUGCUUGGCGAGGCUGCGGUGUACACCUCCCUGGAUCCAUCUCCUGAUGGAAACUACUUGCUGGUGUCGACCAUGCACCGGCCUUAUUCUUUUUCGGUCCCCUGCGGCCGAUUUCCCAAGAGAACAGAGGUGUGGACGAGAUCAGGACGACUUGUACAAGAAGUAGCAGACUUGCCACUCGCAGAAGAUAUACCAAUAGCUCAUGACAGUGUUCGUCAAGGUCGAAGGUCCAUCAACUGGCGCUCGGACAAGCCUUCAUCCCUGUAUUGGGUGGAAACUCAGGAUGGUGGAGAUUCGAGGGAGAAAGUAUCUCCCCGGGACAUAGUGUACUCACUUCGAGUAGAUUCCAGUGAAGCACAGGAACCGGAGAUUAUUCACAAACUUGAUCUUCGCUACGGAGGCUCACUCUGGGGUAACGAUUCAUUGGCUCUGAUUUAUGAAUCGUGGUAUAAGACGCGGCAGACCAGGACAUGGAUGGUUGCUCCUGGUGCACCAGGCACCGAGCCUCGCGUGCUGUUCGAUAGAUCGUCGGAAGAUGUCUACUCAGACCCCGGCUCUCCGGUGUUACGCAGAACCUCGUUCGGUACUUACGUUCUGGCUCAAGUAAAGACGAGUGAUGGUAAUAGGAAUCUACUGCUUGAUGGCAACGGGGCAACUCCGGAAGGAAAGAUACCGUUCCUUGAUCUUCUCAACAUUGAUACGGGUGCAAAAGAGCGGAUUUGGCAAAGCCAGAAGGACAAGUACUAUGAAAAGGUCACGGCUCUCAUGUCCGAUCAGAUAGACGAUGAUCUCGACGUGGACAAGCUGCGAAUGCUCAUCUCAAGAGAAAGCCAAACGGAGCCUCCGCAGUACUUUCUUUGGUUUUGGCCCGACAAGACUGCUGUUCAAGUCACAAACUUUCCGCAUCCUUACCCGCAGCUUGUCAACCUCCAGAAGGAAGUGAUUCGAUAUCCCCGCUCCGAUGGUGUGCAGUUAACAGCAACGCUCUAUUUACCACCCGACUACGAGCCAUCAAGAGACGGCCCGCUGCCGACGCUGGUGUGGGCAUAUCCGAGAGAGUUCAAGAGCAAAGAAAACGCUGGACAGAUGCGGCGAUCACCGAACGAGUUUGCUGGUAUUGGCUCGACGUCGCCUCUACUGUGGCUGGCGAGACGCUUUGCAGUCUUGGAUGGUCCAACUAUACCGAUUGUUGGAGAGGGUGAAGCUGAAGCCAAUGACAGCUACGUCGAGCAGCUGGUUUCUAGCGCUGAGGCCGCAGUUGAGGAAAUCAUUCGUCGCGGGGUGGCUCAUCCCGACAGAAUUGCUGUAGGAGGGCACUCGUAUGGAGCAUUCAUGGCCGCCAAUCUCUUAGCUCAUGCUCCACAUCUCUUCUGCUGUGGCAUUGCUCGAGCGGGAGCAUACAACAGAACACUCACACCGUUUGGAUUUCAGAGCGAGGAUCGGACACUCUGGGAAGCUCCCAAAACUUACAUCGACAUGAGUCCUUUCAUGCUGGCAAACAAGAUGCAAAAUCCCAUCCUGCUGAUCCAUGGCGAGGACGACAACAACUCGGGUACGCUGACGAUGCAGUCGGAGAGAUUCUACGACGCUCUCAAGGGUCACGGGGUGGUUUGCCGGCUCGUGCUACUUCCAUUCGAGAGCCACGGAUACGUAGCACGAGAGAGCGUUAUGCACACUCUCUGGGAGUCGGAGAGGUGGCUGGACAAGUUUUGCGUGGCUGCUACUAGCACCACCGGGAUGGCGGAGGAGAGCGAGGACUCCGAGAAAGAUGCUAGCACGGCUGCAGCUCCACUCUCAUCGCUGUAGCUACCAGUGUGGAAUAAGCAAGCCCUAGGAAGGAGGA